GUCCGUUACGAUAGGUUUCGUGUACACUUGGGAGACUUAUACUUGACACUUGGACCAAACAAUUCGAUGUUUAUUUUCCUAGCCUCCCUAAUAAGAUUAUACAUUAAUUUAUUUAUACCGUAAGUUAUGAUAUUAAUGAUCUGAUAUUUGAUUGUUUUGCCAUUGCCGCGCUGUGGUUUAAAAGGACAAACUUCACCAUCACGUGACACGGAUUGGACGAAAUCGAAACGCAAAAACAGCUGUUCUCUGCAGAAUUCAGACUAGAGAAAGGGAUAAUAUUUCAUGCAAGAACAGCUGACAAUUAAACUUGACUACACAAUAGUCACUGUUUGCAAAGGACCAAACCCUAGAAGAUGAACUGAAUCCAGAAGAGACCAGAAAAUAUUCAAGAAGAACACAAACCUGUAUUGAACGAUUUUCCCUAUUAAAAUGGAUGAAACAACCUGCUCAAGUCAUACCUGCUCAAGAGAGCUCCUUGUGUACUGUAGUGACACUGCACCAUGUCUUGUGGAUACCAUAGUUAAGGGGAAAACUAGGAAGAAAAACAAAAAGGGUAAAAAGAGACAGAGUGCUGCAUGUCAAAUGAAAACAGACAGUGAGUGCACUCUAGUCACUGCUGAACAGUUAUCACCCUCACAACACCUGCCUGAGCACCUUGAAAAAAGGUCUGCAGGAUCGAAGAACAAAAAGAAGAGCCAAAAAACAAGAAUCAUUUUGCCUGCAACUUCACAGGCAAGCUCCGCUUAUCAAGAAGAGCCCAGCGGUUCACAGAAAGCAUCAGCUCAGUCUGCCUGCGACCAGUCAACACAGACUGAGUCUCCUCAACUCCAGUCUUUCCAAACGCUGUCAACACAAACCCCUCCAAUCCAGGGUAUACACUCUCCACCAACAGAAUCCAAGUCAACCCAGACAAAACAUUCUAGUUUUCCCUUACAACAGGCAUACUGGGGAAGAUCUUUCACAGAUCAGUCGACUGAUGAACAGGAAACCCAGUCCAGCUCCAGAAACAGACAUCUAACUGUGUUAUCCUGGAAUAUAGAUUGCCUCGAUUCAGAGAAUAUCUCUCACCGGGUCAAAGGCCUACUGUCACAAUUUGGAAAGUACCGUGCAGAUGUAGUACUGUUACAAGAGCUUGUUCCUGGUUGUUUGACGAUAUUACAGAACAUUAUGAAAGACUAUCAGGUUCUGCAAGGAAGUGAGGAUGGCUAUUUCACUGCCAUUUUGCUCAGAAAGGACAGAGUGCAGUUGCUCCAGAGCAACAUAGUGAAGUACCCCACCACAGAGAUGGGUAGGAACCUGCUGAUAGCACACGUGAGUUUUUUAGGGCAUCCACUAUGCAUUAUGACAUCUCAUUUGGAGAGCUGUAAGUCCAACUCUCAAGAACGCUUGAAUCAGCUGCGGAGAGUCUGGAAAUGGAUCAAAGAAGCUCCAGAGGACCACACAGUUAUAUUUGGAGGAGAUACCAACCUUAGAGAUUGGGAGGUGAAGAAGCUCGGGGGGCUGCCGUAUGGUAUCUCUGAUGUGUGGGAGAUGCUGGGGGAACCAGAGGAAAGCAAAUACACCUGGGACACAUCCAUUAAUGAUAACAAAGAAAUCCCUCAUUCUAUAUGCCUGCGUUUUGACAGACUGUUCCUCAGAGCAGCCGCCGAGGGUGCCCAGCUACGGCCAGAAAGCAUGACCCUGAUUGGUCUGGAGAAGCUGAAGUGUGACUAUUUCAUCAGCGAUCACUGGGGCAUCCUUUGUACCUUCAAGUUUGAGGCGUCAGAAGAGCAGCGUGUCAAUGAUUGAUUUGAAUUUUAAUGGCCUGCACGUGAUUAUACAACUAAAUGAGUCACAGUGUUUUUACAAACAAAUCACUCUUGAUGAAUAAAAUCUGAACUAGUGUUAAAAAAGUUUAAAUAUAUCUUUAUUACAUAGCUGGAACGUUUGUCAUGAACACAAUUACUGCUCAAGAAAACACAUUUGUGUAAUUGGACUUUUGAUCUUGUGACAAUUCUGGUGUCCUCUGUAUAUGACUAAUGUAAAUAAUAAACAUUACUUUUAAAUC